CUUCCGUGUGUUCGUAUAACCUCAGUGCAGAAGCAGUAUCAUUCAUUGUCAAUUAAUUGUUAUUAAACUUCUUAUAAAUACCCGAUCAAACCAGAGUAAACCAAGAGAUAAAAAAGAUGUCAUCCUGGAAGAAAGCCGCAAAAUCAGUCCAAAAAACCCACCGCGAGCGUCACCAGCCCGAGUCCCGCCAGCACCUGGGUCUCCUGGAGAAGAAAAAAGACUACAAGCUCCGUGCCAACGAUUACCACGAGAAACAAUCGACACUAAAGCUCUUGCGAAAGCGUGCACUCAACAAGAAUCCCGAUGAGUUCCACUUCCACAUGAUAAACUCAAAAAUCAAGGAUGGAGUGCACAGGGAGAAAGACAAACCGGACGAGCACACCCCAGAGCAGAUAAAACUUAUGGAAACUCAAGAUCUAAAAUACAUAGCGUACAAACGUCAUCUAGAGAGUGUUAAAAUAAAUAAAUUGCAGAGCCAGCUGCACAUGCUGGACGCUGUCAACGAGACUAAAAAUAAGCACAUUUUCUUCGUCGAUGGUGGAGAAGAAGCCAGGAACUUUGAUCUCGCCAAAAGGCUCGACACGCAUCCUGACUUGAUCGAUCGCAAGAUAAACAGACCGAGAUUGUCGAAACUCCAGGACAUGAAGCUCCCUGAUGUCGAUGAUAAGGUGCUCGCCAAGAUUGAGCAGCAGAAGCACAUGGCGUACGUGGAACUGAGGAAGAGGGUUGAUCGUGAACGAGAGUUGAUGGUCGUUCAGCAGAAGCUCGAGGUUCGUAGGGCCCUGAAGAACAAGGGGGUGGAGAAGCCCAAGGUUGUGAGGCAAGGCACCAAGGAGGCUGCACCCAUUUAUAAGUGGAAAUUGCAACGCAGUCGAUGAUUAUCUAAGUUUAAUAAAGGGGAUUAUAACAAUUUUCAGGAAAAAUAACAGAUUUUUUAUUGUUUCUUCAUUCUUUGACA